GUAUUCAUUUGUUUCGUCAUAUUCAGUCAUCACCAAUUUGCUGGAAAUCUCCCAAUAUAACUUUAAGUCGCAUUCUAUGCUGUAUAAGUUAAAGUAGACAACAUUUCUUUAGUGUUACAUAAUGCGAGAACAGUUUCGUUCCGCUGUCGCCAGACUUUGCGACAGGUCGUCAGAAGAAACAGUCGGCGUGAGAGAGAUUAGACUUAUGGCUGUCGUCGUCCAACUAUAAUAAAACAGUUUUAAUUUUACUACAUAUUUAGUGGAGUGGUGAUAUGUCUUCAGGAAUGACUGGACAGACGCCGUGCCUAACCAGCCGAUGGGAUCAGCCAGCCCAACCUAAACAGAGUAUAGCUGUAAGGCAGCAGAAGAGUAGUGAAGAUGCAGCUCACCCCAUCCAUUUACCAGGAGUUGUCAGCACUCCUGGUUCAAACAACACAGUUUCCCAGUCACCACAAACAGGAGAAAGGCCAGCACCUCAGGGAGGAGUUAAAAUGGCUGCAGCCAUGGCUGCUAAAAUAAAUGCCAUGUUAAUGGCAAAAGGAAAGCUAUUGACUCCUCCACCGUUACUUGCAAAGACCCCUCCAAGUGUGCCUGUGCCCACCGCUGCAGAAGAGAUGGUGAUCACAGAGGUUGACAUAAAUGAUGUACCACUAAAUUGCAGAGACCUUCUUACUAAAGGCAAAACACAGGAGGAAAUCCGACUGAUAAGUGGAGCAGUUGUCUCAACAAAAGGUCAUUAUAUGACUGAAGCUGAAAAGGGAAAAGGAGGAGGAGGACAAAGACCUUUGUAUUUGCAUGUCCAGGGAAAGACCCAAGAACAGGUCAAUAAGGCUGUGAUGAGGAUAAAGGAAAUCAUCUCUGAGGACGUGUUGAGGGCCUCGGCAGCAUCAGGAGGGCAACAGGUGCCUGUAAUGCCUCCGCUCACACUCUACCCUCAACCUCCUCGGCCUGUUGUUCCCCCUCCUGUUCCACGAAUGCCAAACACCAACUCGGUGCCAGGCCAGGGACAUCGACCUGCAGCUCCUCAUUCAGGGAGUUUUGUGCACACCAAGAUAUUUGUGGGUCUGGACCAGGCAUUGCCUUCGUUCAACGUGAAUGAGAAGGUUGAGGGUCCAGGAGGUUCGUACCUGACUCACAUCCAGACAGAGACGGGAGCUCGUGUGUUCCUCAGGGGAAAAGGUUCUGGCUACAUUGAACAAGCAUCAAAACGAGAGUCUUUUGAGCCUCUCUAUGUCUACAUCAGCCACCCAAAUGCAGCUGGAUUGGAGGCAGCAAAGAAACUCACUGAGAGUCUGCUGGAAACUGUGAGAGCUGAGCAUACCCGUAUGGUGUCCAUGUACACAGCCACAGGCUCAACACAGCCAUACGCAGCACAUGGAUUUCCUCCUAAUAGCAAUUACUCUAGCCAGGGGUCCUGGUAUAACUACUCAGCAAAUGGGUAUGCUGGUGGCUAUUCAGCGUAUCCAGGAGAGCGUGGUUAUUGGAGUAAUGCAAAUGGUCCCCCAAGUCAUUCUAACAUGUCGACAAACCCUCCAUCUUCUCAGGCAAUGGUUCAGUAUCCAGUGUGUCCUCGGAAACCACAUCCCUAUCUGGUCCAGGAUCCUGGCAGCAGUAAGACAGUGGACCUUGAAGUAUCUCCCCUUGACUCUGGAAGUCCCAAACAUCAUUUCCAGGAGGGGGCAAAGGAAGAACAGCCUACCAGCUGCUCCCCAGAUGAUCCUGCUCAUCAGGAGUCUGUGCUUCCUGCCUCCAGUGUUGGAGAAGAAAAAGUCAUAGAAAGGUUUCUUAUGCCACCACCACCUCCCUUUGUGGCCCCUGUCCCUAUUGCACGCAAAAGGCCAAGAGAAAUAGUGACAGAUGAUCAGGCCAGCCUGCCCAGUAGCACAGCAUCAUUGGGUGUUCAAGUAGUGGUGUUGGAGAAGAGGUCUAAAUUGGACAGAGAUGCAUCAGGGCUAGUGCCCUAUGGAGGAGAUUCCUCCGAUGAAGAGGAGGAGAGAACACACAGCAGUAAGACAUAGCUCACAACACCUGCCCCCGCCCCGCCCCCACAGGAUACCCAGAGACCCAAAGUCGACAUCUAUUAUAUCAAAACAAAUCUCAAACUCAAACCCCAUCCAAGGAAAAAUCCACCUUUGCAUUGUCAGACACUGUUUUAGGACUGUGCUAGUGAUUUGCCGUUUACUACAAUGAUGAUUUAUUGUUUUUCUUUAAUCUCCUUAAGACCCUGGUUUGAAAUGUCUGGUAACGGUUAAUGUACUAAGAUCCACUUUUGGAUAGGAGACAAGUUGACUGGAGAAAAAAAAAGAAAACAUUUAAUGAACUGUAUAGCCUCUUGCAGAUGUUUGGUGCUUUGCAAGGCUAUUUGUCCUAUUGUGGGUUUUGAGUAGUGUACUUCUUAUUUUCAUUUCUUUCAUGCAUCCCCAGAAUGCCUUUCUGUAAUGCCUCACAACAGGUGUGAACUGAUUAGUGAAGACAUAUUUAAAUGUAUGCCCAUGUAUAAAGCAAAUGUAGAAGUAUAGUUAGCUUGCCAACUAGUUCAUUGUCAUUGCACAUGUAUGUCUUAUGAUGAGAGAAUUUUCAGGAUACCGUCUUUGUCUUUUCAGUUUUCCUCAUGUUGUUGCUGUCUUAAUGGAAACCUUUUUUUUUUACUGCAAGGGUCUGACUCUAAAAUGUGCAGUUGCCAGGCUCUUAAAUUUUCCGUUGAAGUAAAAAUGAUCUACACCACUAAGAGAGAGUAGGUCCAGAAAAGCAAAUCGCAUCAGCAGUAGUCUUUUUAACAGUGUAAAAAUAUGCAGGGUGGAUUUGUCCUUUACAGAAGUGAGUCCAAUUGUUACAACUACAAAUUGAUUUUUUUCUUGUUUAGCUUUUGAUGCAUAUUUUGAUAGUCAAAAACAAUCCCUUCUUACCUUUUCAACACUUGGUCUGCUGCAGUUAGUGAUGGUAUACUUACUGUAAAAUUCAGUGAAACUUUUUCUUAUUUUGGAAAAUGGUGUAUGCCUGUUCCCAUGGAAUACUAUAAUAAAAGCAACAAAAUCCUU